CUCAUCCCAAAUCAUCUACUAUCUGCAUUACCCCUUCUAGAGCUGUUGGCGUUUUCCCCAAUGACUGCGUACGACGAAAUCGCAGAGGUCGAGGCCGACGACGAGUGCAGAGCUUGGUUGGUUAAGGUUCUUAGCGCGAAGGAAGAAAUUGUAGCCUUCGUAUCGAGCCGCCGUCCAGGAUGUCCUGAAGGGGAAUUUGAUGGGUAUCUGAGGGGCUCCUUCAACUUCUGUAUCUCCGUCCGCUUUAACGAUGGAGGACCAAAGGCCAUCAUCCGGUUCCCAAAACCAGGCCACACAUUCACCACUCGACGAGAGGAGAAGGUAAAGAGCGAGGUCCAAGUCUUAGAAUAUUUGAGAGAAAAGACGAAACUCCCCGUACCUCGCGUAACCAGCUGGGGUUUGACGAACGAAAGUCCCAGAAAUCUUGGUCCCUUUAUUAUCAUGGAUCGUAUCGAUGGUACUUCGCUCACAACCCUCUUGAAGCAGCCCGUCCAGUCUGAGGAGGACGAGGUCAUUCUGAGGGAUGAUAUAGACGAUGCCAAACUGGACUACGUCUACGAACAGCUGGCGGAAUUUAUGAUUGAACUUUCUCGGCUGGGCUUCGACGCCAUUGGAGCCAUAGCUAAGAACUCGGACACGAAUAAGUGGCUGGCAACUGAGAGGCCGUUUACUUACAAUAUGAACGAAAUGGCGGUGACCGUCUCAAAUUAUCCUGUGGACACUUUUCCCACCGCGCCGUUCCGGACCACUAGAGAGUACCUCGAAUACCAAUCCGAUGAAAACCUUACUCACCUUCGCAUACAACGUAAUCUUGCAAGUGGUCCAGAAAAUGCCAAGAGGAGGUACAUUGCACGCCACCGGUUCCGACAGCUCAUUCCGAAAUAUUGCAUGGACAACAACGGUCCUUUCAAACUCUUCUGCGACGACUUGCAGCCUUCAAACAUGCUUGCCGACCCAGAAACUCUUAAAGUCCAUGCAAUACUAGACUGGGAAUUCACGCAUGCGAUGCCAGCACAAUUCUCUCAUGAUCCACCGUGGUGGCUCAUAUUGAAAGGACCAGACACGUGGCUGGAAAAUCAUAGCAUGGAAAAGUUUCUGGCUCGCUACGAACCCAGAUUGGAGCAGUUCCUUCGCGCCUUGGAGCGAAUGCGAGAAUCCUGGAAGAGUGGUCGGUUUUGGUUCGAUUACGGGAUUAGGAAGAGCCUAGAUGUAGAUGAUAUUUACUGGGGUGCGCUUCAUCGAGAAGGAGAUGAUGUGCUCGAUGAGGAACAGCAGAGGGAGAUGGAAGAGUUGGUUGAAACGAAGAUGAAGGACGUGAAAGCAUAUGACAAGGAGUGCAAGGAGAGGGGCUUAUAAGAAAGAGUGAAAGGAACGGCGUGAUGAUUGUGCUUAGUAUCAAGUCGUAUGAUGAGGCUGCGCUACCUCGAGUGGCUGUAAAGCGAAGACGGCUCGUCCUGUCUCC